CCGAAGCUGCCAGGUUUGACAGGUUGUUUUGACAGCUGCUCUGCUGAGGAAAAUAUUCCGUCGCGGCUCCGGUGGACAUCGCAAAACUCUUCACAUCUCUGAACAAACUUUGUCCAACUGAUUGCUUUCCUGCCGAUUCCGGAUCUAUCUGGAACAAACGAUGGGCCACGGUCACGGACACGGACCGCCGUACAAGGUGCCGGAUGCAUCCAUCUACAAAGUGGCCGACGCGCCCGAGCUGGUCGAAGUGGAACGCGCUCUGGCCCGCCGGGGCCUGAAGGACCCGUGGCUACGAAAUGAAGUGUGGCGCUACAAUGUGAAGCAGUUUUCGACCCACCGUUCGCGGCUCAUCACGUUCCUGUUCAAGGGAUUCCCGCUCGGAUUUGCUGCCUUCGUUGCGACGAUCGGCGUCGAGUAUGCGCUCGGAGUGGACUACCACGCACAUGGUGGCCAUGGUCAUGGGGAUGAGAAGGGACAUGGAAGCGGUCAUCACUAGUGCGAGAGAUUUGACGAGUUAGACGGCCCCCAUCUCCAUCCGGGUGGUGUUCUUUGUUGCUAUCGUGCAUUAGAUUUUAUUUCCAAAAUUCUGCCGCAAAGAAUAAACGAACUUAUGUUGUAGCAGAAACAAUCAAA